AUGGGUAAUCAGUCAUCAAAUAAAGCAGUUGACUGCAGGUUGAUACAGACACUCUCGCUUUGUUUUCUGUCACUCAAAGACACAUAUACCACUGAUACAGACUCUGGUCAUGUAUGUCAAGCCCAUACUAUGGCUCCUACUCUUCUCCUCUGUCCAGGAGGUGUCUCUGCAGGACUAUAAUUAUGAAGAUGAAAUAUACGAGGACCCACAGCCUCUGAACUGCUCAACCACAGAGAGCAUCAAAGGUGGACAUGUCACCUACUCACAGGGAGGGCUGGAGGGCAGCGUGCUGACCUAUCAUUGCAGUCUGGGCCGAUACCCUUACCCAGUCAGCCACAGGCUCUGCAGUGCUGAUGGGGAGUGGUCGCCCAUGAGAUCAACCAUUGGCAGACUGAUGUCACGGGCCACAUGCAAAGAUGUGUUGUGUCCGGCUCAGCUCCAACUGGAUCAUGGUGACUUCUGGCCCAGGGACCAGUGGUCCCGUGUUGGGACAACGCAGAGCUUCUCCUGCCAGGAAGGGUUCACCCUGUAUGGGUCCGCCCAGAGGAACUGCACCUUCUCUGGGGAGUGGACAGGAACCACUCCUGUCUGUGACAACCAUGCUGACGACUGUAGUGACCCAGGGAUCCCACCCGGGGCCCUGAGGACAGCGGGCCGGUUUCACACAAGAGAGGAGGUGAUAUACCGGUGUCAGGUUGGUCUGGAUCUUCUUGGGUCGGCUAAAAGGGUUUGCCUGGAGAGCAGGGAGUGGAGCGGUUCAACACCACGGUGCCAAGGCCCAAAUACCUUUGACUCCCCCAACGUUGUGGCAGAAGCCAUGGCUGGGUCACUUGCAGGAGUCAUGGAUGUACUCUCACCAGAAUCCAAAAAGAAAGUUGGAGAGGUGUCCUAUGCAAGAACGGUGCGUGUGGCUGAAGGCAGUCGUAUGAAUGUCUACAUUUUACUGGACACAUCAGGAAGCAUCACAAAGAAGGACUUUGAAUUAUCCAGAAGUGCCACCAUUGCUCUCAUCAGAAAGUUGGACAGCUACGAGGUACAGCUCAAGUUUCAUGUGGUGUCAUUUGCCACCGAGGCUAAAGACAUUGUUGACAUCAGAGACUCGGAUAUAAGUGGUAGCAUCGAGGACGUCAUAUGGAAUCUGGAGGAGUUUGACUACAAUAGCCAUGGGCGUAAAACGGGCACCAACCUCCACGCUGCCCUGCACCGUGUCAGUGAGGUGAUCAGCUUCUUGAAGCAAAACAGCGCCAAGAACCAUUUUAAUGAGACUCAGAACAUCAUCAUCAUAGAAACAGAUGGUUACUCCAACACAGGCAACAUGCCUCAGAUUGCUCUGGCCCAUAUCCGGAAUCUGCUGGGCUACCACAACACAUCCCGCGAUCACACAGACGAAACAAUGCUGGAUGUCUAUGUAUUUGGUAUUGGGAAAGAAGUGAAGAAAGAUCAGUUGAACUCUUUAGCCUCACAAAAACGUGGUGAGAAGCACAUCUUCGUUUUGGAAAACUUUGAAAAACUGGGAGAGGUGUUCAACAGCAUCAUUAGUGACAAGGGUGUGACGAUGUGUGGGAUAGCUCAGGAAAUAGUGAUGGAUAAUUCAGCCUACACGAGACCCUGGCACGUCACUCUGAAACCGGCCACAGCGGCCACAAAGGCUACGCCGUGUGUUGGAUCCAUUGUGAGCCAGAACUGGGUGCUGACAGCUGCUCACUGCUUUGCCAGAGCGAGCACAGAAGUCCCUCAGCAGGUGGUGAUAGGUCACGGUGAGGGCUCGGUGGUUCCCAAGAGGGUAAUCAUGCACCCAAAGUACAACAUCAGGGCAUUCAAAAACAGAAAUGUAUCAGAGUUCUAUGACUACGAUGUAGCUCUGGUAAAGGUGAACAAGAGUAUCCCACUCUCCUGGAAAGCCAGACCUAUCUGCUUGCCAUGUACUGUACCAGCCAGCCGAGCCAUGAAAAGAGUCAACUCCACCUGUCAGCAGCACAGGGAUGAACUACUACCGCACCAGGAGACUCCUGCCUUUUUCAUCCAUAAGAACUCUCAAAGCAAACAAACACAUAUUAACUUACAGAGUCAGAGGCCUAGCUGUGUGGAGAAGGCCAGGCAAACAUUCAAAGAGCCCACCAAUGUAACUUUGGAUGAGUAUGUACCUGACAGAUUCCUCUGUUCUGGGGGAUCCUCAGCACACAAAUACGCAAUCAGCUGUAAAGGUGACUCUGGUGGAUCCUUGUUUCUGCAAAAAAGAAAGCGCUUCUUUCAGGUGGGAGUCGUGAGCUGGGGCACCACGGACAUAUGUAACCCAGUCAACCCAGCACUGAGAAAAUACAGCAGCGACAAGCCGCCUCCUGAUGCUCGAGACUUUCACAUCGACCUGUUCAAGAUACUGCCGUGGCUUAAAGAGCAUCUGGGUGAGGAGAUCCAGUUCCUGUCUGAGAUCGACUGACAACAUCCAUAAUCAAUCAGCCGAGAACUGCUUAGGUUAAGCCACAAUAACUUAAUGCAGAACGCAAUAGAGGAAAUGUGGGAAUAAUCAUAGCCAAUCAUACACAGUAAUGUAAUGUAAAGUGUUUUCUAAAGCUUUAUUGUCAAAUGUAUACUGUUGAUUUUUAUAGCUGUGGUGCAGUAAACACCCUUGUAAAGGAAGAUGUUUUAUCAUACACAACAUAAAAAUAAAGUAAUUCUU